AUGAUGUUCGCCGUUCAACAUUCCAAAUUCAACAUUUCAAUAUUUUAUGCUUCUAGCUUCAACAUUUUAUCUCCCCCUCUCUGUCGACGACGGUGGCGGCGGCUGUGCAGCGGCGGCGAGGCGGCGUUUCUGGCGGCGCCGGCCACAAAAGGCUCAUCCACCGAGGGUAUGAUGGCUUCCGAAUCGGACGAGGUGGCGCAGUCGGUGUUCGGUGCCGGCGGAGCAACGGAAUCGCAAGCGAAGGGGAACCACCAGCCGGCGCCGGCAGAGGCGCUGCAAAACGUCGAGGACGGCGAUGCCGGCGAGACGUUGGAAGGCGUCGCCUCCAUCGCCUUGCUGCCGUCCGGCGCUAUCUCCGGCCAUUUCAUCCGCCUCCCUGACUCCAUCUGCUAUGGCCUCCAAGGCACCCCAAUAUCUUACGAGAGGGAGUGCAGCCGAGGAGAGGAUUACCGCCUUUUAAAACUCACCAUCAUUGAUUUUAAGUGCAAGAGAGAGAAGGUGCUCGUGGUGGAAUGCAGGGGCCAUGAUGCUGCUCGAUUACAAAACAUUGACCAUCUGCAUGGGUGGGAAGAUGACAUUGUUGGUUUGGUUGAAAAGGAACAUGGAAAUCAGAAAGUCUUGCUUUCUUUUGAAUGUGAGACGCUGAAGGCUGAUAAAGACGCCGAAGAUCAUAUUAUCAAAUAUAUGCCAAACCUACGUGGACUGGAUGCAGUUGUAAAUAUAGGGAAAAUGUGCAUCAGCGGCAUCAAUCUCAAAGAGGACGACGAACCAAAAGGAGAAAACUGAUAGCCGAGAGCCAUUGUGUGCGAACGGUGUUCGGUGUUCUCCCUUCUAGUGUUGCUUUCCAGAGUCACGGAUGAACUACUAGGCACCAGUUAACCCAUCAAACGUUUCACACCGCACUGACGCUGGUAAUCUGCCAAGUUCAUGUCUGAAUAGUGAAUACCAAUGCUCGUAAUUUGAAUGAUGUGGCCGCGGGUCGGAUUCAGAAUCUUGUCACGCGACGUUGUCUGCUGCUGCCUCGUGUGCAAAUCCCGAGGGACUGACUGUACCCUUUGGUUUGGCUGCUUGUGCUGCUGCUGCUGGGCGCAUCUCUUGUCCCUGGCGCUACUAUUUGUCACGCAUUGUACGCAUGCAUAGCAUUUCUUCA